AUCAAUGGAUUCGAGAAAUUGGCCCUUACAAUGUGGUUCAAAUUGUCACAGACAAUGCAAAAAUUUUUGGACUCGCAAAGACGAUGAUGGAGCAACGGUACCCCCAUAUAUUUGCAACUGCAUGUGCUACUCAUUGUCUUGAUCUUAUUUUGGAAGAUUUUUCAAAGAAGAUGCCAAUUAUUCAGAGAACAGUUAAGACAGCGCAGAGCAUCACUACCUAUAUUUACAACCACACUCUUUUGGUAGAUGUGAUGAAGGAAUUCACUGAUGGAAGAGAUUUAGUGAGGCCUGGUGCAACAAGAUUUGCUACAAAUUUCUUAACCUUGCAAUGCCUCCUUACUCAAAAGCAUGCACUCAGAACAAUGUUUGCUUCCCCUAAAUGGUAUGAAACUGAUUUUGCAAAGACGAAUGAAGGCAAAACAUGUUCUGAAACAAUCUACCGGCAAUCUUUUUGGAAGAAUGUGGCUUUAGUUAUGAAAAUUUCUUUGCCCAUAGUGAAGCGUCUUCAAGAUCCUGCUUGUAAGAAAAUGAAGAUAUCAUUAGAUGAUUUUGAGGAUUGUAAUGAAUGGAUUGAUAUAGCAGCAGAGGAAAAUGAAGUUCAGAAUUGGGACGUUGUUGAAGAAGCACUUGGUUUAAAUGAGCCUGUUGGUCGCGAAACACGAGCAUCUACAAGUAAUCCGGUGGUUCAAGAAGUUAAUGAAGAUGAUAUUGAAGAUCUUACUAUUGAAGACCCAUCUGAUUGUGAAAUUGAUACGGGGGUUGUUUCUGACCAGACCACUCGGCUCCACGACGUGUUCGCCCGAAGCGGUCCGUAUCAUAUUGGUGCUCUCAUUCUCGAUCUCAUGGCUUCAUCCGACGUUCCAACCUCUGCGUUGACGCUUGACGAUAUUAUGCAUGCCAUCACCGACAUCCGGAAAGACUUGCAUGCCACAAAAGCCCGGGUGAUAGAACUUGCCACUGCCAAAGUCGACGAGACGGCUGAUCCACGUCGGCCGACGUUCAUGGGCUGGCGUCCGCCACCCUCUCGGACCACCUCCGGCAGCGCCGAUCCCGUGCCCCGCAUGCGCAUCGACGCUCCCCGUUUUUCGGGCGAUGACCCGACGGGCUGGAUUUUCCGAAUCCAAAAGUAUUUCGACUACUUCCUCACGCCGGAACCUGAGCGCCUACAGCUGGUCGCCAUGCUCAUCGAUCACCCGGCAUCUGAUUGGUUUCACUACUACCAAUCCAACACGUACGGCGCGACAUGGGCAGAUUUUUUGGUCGCCGUCCAGCAUCGUUUUGACCCUCACUAUUAUGAAAAUUACGUGGGUCUCUUAUCCAAAUUAACCCAGACAUCUUCAGUUUUGGACUAUGAGACAGACUUUGAGUCCCUGUUGAAUAAAGUUUCCGGAGUCCCAGAGGCAACUUUAAUAUCCAUGUUUGUGGCCGGCUUGAAGCAACCUGUCCAGAGAGAGGUGAACCUCCGUAACCCUACCACGUUGCAAUCGGCUUUCGCCUUGGCUCGUGAACUGGCCGCCUGCCAUCAAGAGGCAGCCACGGCGUUUGCUCCUCCGUCACGAAGGCCCUGGUCCAAUCGGCCGCCACCCUCGGCCGCUGCUGGUAUCCUUCCGCCUCCUUCAAUGCAUGCACGACCGAACUCCACAGAGAAUCGUCAGGCAGACCGUCCCUCACCCUCUUCAUUACCCGUGGUGGUCGUCUCCACCGCCGAGAAAGCAGAACGUAGCAAAAAAGGCCUUUGCUGGUAUUGUGAUGAAAAGUGGGAUCGAUCUCAUAAUUGUCGACGACGAUUCUUGGUGCUUAUGGGUCCCGACUCCGAAGAUCCGCCCCUUACAGAUGACAGCCCCGCGGACCAGGACGACUUUACUCCCGUCAUCUUCGGUGACGUGUCCAGUAUUCACUCUAUGUCCGGGAGCCCGAGUCCCCGUUCCCUCAAAUUGGCCGGAUCCGUCAACGGGGCAUCCGUCCAGGUUCUCUUGGACAGUGGGAGCACCCACAACUUCAUCCACCCCGGUGUGGCCGAACGCCUCGCCCUGGUCCUUCAUCCCGUGACGCCCUUCCGUGUGUAUGUGGGUAAUGGUGACUCCCUUCGCUGCUCUUACAGUUGCCCCCGUACGCCGGUAUCUCUGCAGGGCCAACUCUUUGAAAUUGACUUGUUUAUGCUCGAGGUCCAUGGUCCCGAUAUUGUCCUCGGCAUUCAAUGGUUGCAAACUCUAGGCAAAGUGGCACACGAUUAUGCUAAAUUAACCAUGGAAUUCAGUUGGAAUGGCGACACCAUCACGUUACGCGACGACUCUCCUGGACCACGCCCUGUGUCAUACAAUCAGUUAAGCGCCCUCCUUGCUACCCCCGAGCCAGUGGACCUUUACGAAGUGGUGGGUACACCUAUGGAACAGCCGCAGGUCACGGCCGCAGAUCCUCAAUUCCCCGCCGACCUGCCGGAUCCCAUCCGGUCCUUGCUCACCCAUCAUGCGCCUGUAUUCGGGACGCCCACGGGACUGCCACCCGCACGCUUCUGGGACCAUUGGGCCUCUAACCGGGCCGCGGAUGCUUUAUCACGACGUGGAGAUGACACCGAGGUUGCAGCCCUAUUCACGACCUAUGCACGGCCACUGCCCAAACUCUUAGAAGCCAUUGCUGCAGAGAACACAACUGAACAGGAACUCCUCCGGCUUUAUGAAGCCGUGGCUGCUAGAACAGCACACCCCGGGUUUACAGCCCAUUCCGGCAUCCUCUAUUAUCAACACCGACUGGUCCUGGCGUCAACCUCUUUCCUUCGUCACCAGCUGCUCACCGAGUACCACAGCUCCCCGAUGGCUAGGCACCAGGGUGUAGAACGCACAUUCCGCCGCCUCAUCACCACCUUCUAUUGGCCUGCCAUGCAAGCGGACGUACGCCGUUUUGUGGCAGCCUGUUUGGCGUGUCAGACUACCAAAUAUUCCACCCAUGGCCAGACGGAAGUCCUCAAUCGAAGCUUGGAACAAUAUCUACGUGCAUUUGUCUAUGGCCGCCUACCGCCUUCCCUCUUUCCGACGAUCUCAACUCGCUCGCGCGUGGCUUUGGUGGAGGAGCUCUUACGUGACCGCGCCGAAUUGCUCACUGAUUUGAAGAAUCACUUGGCCACCAUGCGGCAGCGAAUGACCCAGCAGGCCAAUGCUCAUCGCCGGGAGGUUACUUAUGCUAUCGGCGAUUUGGUUCUUUUGAAGCUCCGGCCAUACCGUCAACACUCCAUCGCCCGACCUCUCUCCACAAAGCUCUCUCGGCGGUUUUAUGGGCCUUUUCCCAUUCUUGAGCGGGUUGGUCCCGUAGCGUACCGUUUACAACUUCCGCCGGGCAGUCGUAUCCAUGAUGUAUUCCAUGUCUCCUUAUUGCGGCCCUUUGUGCAAACCGGCGACACUCUCCUGCCAGUCUCCUUACCGAAUGAUUUUUAUAAGGGCCGCCCCAUUUCAGUUCCCAUUAAGGUGCUCGAUGCACGGACCAUUCUGGUGGAUGGCCUCCCGCAGGACCAAUGGCUGAUUCGUUGGUCGGAUGGCGGCCCGGAAGACAGUACGUGGGAACCAGUUGUAGACAUCCGCCGCCAUUACCCUGAUCUUGGCCUUGAGGACAAGGCCGUUUCCGACCCCGGGAGGGUUGAUACGGGGUUGUUUCUGACCAGACCACCCCAACAGACCACUCGGCUCCACGACGUGUUCGCCCGAAGCGGUCCGUUCAAGCCCCGAAACGCUCAAUUCUUCGAACUGUGCGAGGAGGCUACACAGAAUGGGCUGCAAGUCACCGAUGAAGAAAUAUGGUACUCGCUAGUUGAGGGCCAUAACGCGAAGAACCGUGUUCCUGGAGUUGGUGACGACGAGCGGGAAAUGAGGAAAAUGAAUCCGUCCUCCAAACCUCGCCGUUCCCGCACGAGUAGUAGAAGCACAGCGGAGAUAUCAGCACUCAAAGAGCAAAACCAAAGGUUGCAGGAACAAAUUGAUAGUCUAACCUCGAACUUGUCACAGACGAUUCAGGAGGAGAUAAGGAAGUUAUAUGGUGGUAACCUUCCUCGACGAGGUGAUGAUGAUGGAACAAGAGGGACAUGGCAGAUCGGGAUUUGUUGAGACAUUUACGACCUUAGUUUCCUCCAUUUUAAAUGUUGAUCAAUUCUUAAACAUAAAAUAUAAAUUAGGGAUUUAAUC